AACAGAGAAACUGAAGCCCAACGAACCUAACAGCCUGUGGGAUCUUCUGAGGAGCGAUGAUAUUCUUGAAAAGAUUUCACUGGAUGACUACAUAAGGAAUAUAUUGGAGAAUUUUCGGGAAGAUAUGAGAACUGGCAUUGAUAGUCUAAAAAUCCCGAUAUUAGAUCCAUUAAGCCUCCCAGAGGCUGUGAUUAACGUCAGCGAAGACAUUGCCAAAGUCAAAACCGUUUUUCAAAACUUAGUCAUUAAAGGAAUGUCUUACUUCUAUCUGGAGCAACUGGCCACUAGUCUUAAGUAUUUAAGCCUUAGCUUCUCAAUAACACUUGAAGAUUUAGUUGCUUCUGGGUAUUAUGAUUUAGAUGGCUUAAUUAUUAGCUUCAUUCCACUUCGGGGAAAUGGGUCGUGCAUGGUGCAAGUCAAGAACGUGACUCUUUCGGCUACUGCAUCCCUGGAAACCACUGAAAACGGCAAGCUACAACUGGCUAACGAUUUUGAUGUCCUCGUCUACUUCGAUUCUGUUCAGCUGGAUUUUGAGAACCUACUGGGAGGAGGAAAGUGGACAGAGGUUAUACAAAAAGUUGUAAACAAGAUGGCUAACUCACUCUUUGAGGAUGCUUCUUACAAAAACGAUACCAUAUUAACAAGGAUAAAGCGUGCUUAA